AUGGCAGUACAGGUAGUUGAAGAAGUUGCGAGGUCACCAAUGUUGCCAGCAAACUUUCCUAAGAGUCCUGAGAGAGUCAGAGUUGUCAGUCAGUCACUACAAAGGCCUACAGCACCAGUGCCACCGAAGCAGUCUGCAGCAGGCUCUUGGGACCAAGAAAGUGGCUAUGAUGACGUCAAUUUGAACGAGGAAGAUUUGGUGGAUAUCAACGUUGACACGUUCUUUUCAUCGACGGAAACGUUGGAUUCAGCGUCUGGUGACGAGACCGAUACACCAUCUCGGAACAUACGGAAGAAAUUCAGAGAAUUUCUCAGUGAACCAGGCACUUCCACUCCGUUAUCGCCGAAGAAGAUGAGCCGUGUCGGUACUGUCAGACAGAUUGUCGGACGGGGAAAAGUUAGAAGCGGUCCAGAAUCAGCACCAAGUACCUCUUCAACUAUUCCAUCUGCACAGCUCCGAAAGAAGCAAGCAAGAGGUGCUGCUGUCGAGCAGUCGGCGAGAACAGCCCAACGCCUGUCACCGCAGGGUAGCUUCGUAGGUGCUGAACAAACAGCAGGUUCAACUCACAGUCUGCUAGUAUCGUCAGCCAAUGUAUGCAACAAGGUUGAGAAUAUGCUCGGUGUUAUGGAGCUUUCGCUUCAGAACAAUGAGCCUGUCUUAGCACCGGAGAAUGUGGACGCAACUAGGACUCAGAUUGCUUGUGAUGUUGACAAUCUCGGUACUUCUCAGCAGUUCGCACAACCAUCUGUGCCGUAUUCUGAUGGCAGCGCUGGUGAAAUAGUCCCACUCGAUCGACCGCUUAGCGUUGACGAACUGAUGCAAAAAAUUGAAGCUGAGUUUUGUGAUCUCACGGAACGGAGGUCCAGGUCCAGAUGGAUACGAUUUGCCGUCCACGAGCACAUUCCAACAUUUUGA